UCUGAUAAUAAAAAUCCCUUGCCUCCAAAACCAGGAGGUUUGACUACUGGCUGUAUUAUACAACCAUCACUAUCCCCUUCACCGUCACCUGGAUUUCACUCAAUUGCUAUGGGAACAACAAGCCACAGGCCAAAUUCCCCAUCCCUGUUCGGUUCUGAAGGAAAGCCAAAGACUGAGUACUUGAGCCAAGGUCAAACUACCCUGGAGGAGCUGAGAACACAAAUUAAGGAGCUAAGAACCAUCAUUGAAACCAUGAAAGACCAGCAAAAAAAAGAGAUUAAACAGUUGCUGUCUGAGUUGGAUGAAGAAAAGAAGAUCCGUCUACGACUGCAGAUGGAAGUUAAUGACAUAAAGAAAGCUCUUCAAUCAAAGUGAAUGCUUGAUAGGUGGAAUGUUGCAUUAUUCUUCAUGACUGAGACUCAAAUUUGUGCCCCAGCCAAAAUAACUUUGUGCCAAAUGAUUUAAGAAUUGCCUCAGCAUCCCUUUAUUUGAAGGAUUAGCACAACAGUUUUUGAUAGCACAACAAAACCACCAACAACGAGGACAAAAUUUCCACCUGAAGCAGUGCUGUGCAGCACUGGUUGUGACUGAAAUUGAUCCUCUUGUGCUAAAGGCUCUCUACUUCAAGAUCCUAGGUGAAAUGAAAACUCAGGCAGUUUAGUCCAUAGUGGUACUAUUUUGAUGAUAUUUUUCCAUAAAUAAAAUGUAUUUCAGAUUAUCUGUUUACAAGCUUUAUGAUUUUGACUUUUGGUUUCUAAUUGUCUUUUGUCAGAUUUUAAAAUGUUUCUACUGCAUAUAGCCAGGAAUGAAUGUUAGCGUUGGGGCUGGAGGGAUUAUUUUUGCUUCAAGAUAGAACAGCCUACUUUUUGUUAUGGUUUUAAGUUCUGUUAAAUAUGCAAUUUUAUGUCCCCAAAUCCAAUACAGUUUAAACUUAUGUUGUGUACAGUAAUGUGUUUUCAAGAAGGAAACAAACCAACAGAAAUCUGGUCUUUGCAAUGA